AUGCCGUCAGCUAGUGGUCACUCUCCGUCAAGUCCUUCUGAUGGUAACCGCGACGCUGGAGAGUCAACAGAAGCCGAAGCCGGUCAACAAAAGUCGCCAGGGUCAACGACGUCGCCGACGGGGUCAACGCGAAUCGCGCGCAGCACGGUUGUCCUGUCUGGCGCUGCGGCGGCGGCGCGGACAAGGGGGUCGAGCCGCGGAGGGUCGAUCUGUCAGGAGCUGCUGCCGAGCCUGUGGGAGGAGGAGGACGAGCGCGCAGAAGGAACAGCGGCGGGUGCGGACGAUCGCGCGAAAAAUCGCGGCGCGAUGGGGACGCCGGCGGAAGAUGCGGAAGUGGCGGGGGAAACGGAAGUGGAUAUUACUAGUACUGGCCAUGGCGGGGACCGAAUGGAGUAUUAUUUGCGGAGGAAAAGCGGAAGCGCGAUUCCGCGGAGUCGGGAACGAUGGCAGGCGGAAGACGAUGCGGGGAGAGUUCCCGCUGCUCCAGCCACCAAUCCCGCUAUCGCCCCCGCCUCCCCCUCCUCCUCCGCCAUUCCGCAUGUUCCGAGCCUCACUGGGCUUCCGCCGCGGCCGAUGUCCCCGUCUGAAGCAGACCCGCACAGCUCGUUACAAUUACGGCACGCGCAAAUCUCCCCCACUACCUCCCCCCACAACCACCGCCGAACGCAGAGCAGCGGAACCUUUCUCUGGGGGGGCGGAAUGAUGGGGGGACUUCCGCCCACGAGCCCCCGAACCAGCGCGUUUUGCGCGAGUUUUGCAGGCAGCGGCGCGCAUUUGCCCCCGCUGAGCCCUAGGGCGGGCGGCAAAGGGGGCGGCGGGCCCUGCCCUUUGCCCAGCCCCAUUGGGCGGAGCAAAACGACUGGCGGAAGCUUCUCGAGGGUUUCCGCUGCCGGGUCGGUUGCUGACGUGGCAAGCCUCCCUAGAAGCCGUACUUCGUACGCGGCGAUGGGGGAAGGCGGAGGGGGGGGAGGAGGGGGAGGAGGGGGAGCGGGGGGAGGGGGACGUGGGGGGAUGGGGGGAGAAGGCAGGGCGGCGGGCGGAGGGGGGCACUUCCCGUCACUGAGUCGGGGGAAGGGCAUGGGCGGAGGGGGCGGCGGGGUGCCUCGAAGCGCGAGCAGCGGGAACGUGGCAGGAAUGGCGCAGAGCGGGGCGGCACUAGGGUUUACCCCCACCAUGGGAACAAUGCUUGAUCCCGCGCGAGGGGGUAGCGGGGUGCCUAGAAGCGCGAGCAGCGGGAAUAUGGCAGGGAUCAUGGGCGGUGGCAUGGGCGGCGGCAUGGGCGGCAGCAUGGGCGGCAUGGGCGGCAUGGGGUUCACUCCCACCAUGGGCACGGUGCUUGGGACACCAGCUACCAGCCUCAUUCCACCACCACCACCACCACCACCACCACCACCACCACCACCACCACCACCACCACCACCACCACCACCACCGCCACCACUACCACGAACCUUCCUGAUGGCAGCAGGCCCAAGGGAUUCAGGGCGCCGAGAAUCUCCACGUGGCACUCCAGCCUCCCCCGGUUACCGCCUCCCUCCCCAUAAGUCUCCUGGCGCUGCUGCUCAUGCCACCUCGCUUCAAGGCCGUGUGCCCGGACCAGCACAGUUACUAGGAGGUUUUACAGGGGCAACAGCAGCAACAGCAGCAACAGGAGCAGCAGGAGCAGCCAUCCCAGCGACCUUCUCUCGCUCCCCCAGGCACCGAAGCCCCACUGUGCUCAGCCCGAGCCUCCGCAGCCCGAGCCUACCCAGCCCCGACGUCAUCCGAACCGGCAGCUCAAGUCCGGGAGGCAACGCAGCAAGCAACUUAAUCGGGUUCUCCUCGCCGACUUACCUCCCUAGUCCAGCCUCCUCCGCGUCUUUAAAUGCUAGUAGCCCUUAUGCUAAUUACCCGUAUACCCCAGGAGGGGGGAGUGUGGUGCAUAGUCCGCAAUCCAUGGCUGCUCUAGCAGAGAGGGACAAGCAAAAGCUGGCCGAGAUUCAGAGCUUCUUUGCUUCGGGACCCGGAGGGUUAGCUUCGGGAAGGCGAGGUUCGGGGCAGUGGGGGGUGGGGGGAACCACGCCGCUCCAGUCGCCCAGGCCCGGAAUCUCCCCCAAUACAUCCCCUCCUGUCAAUUCACCUUCUAAAGGAGGAGGAGGGAGAGGAGGAAGAGGAGGGAGAAAGGGAGGUAUGGGAUUGUUUCUGGGCCCCAUUCGCACGCCGAGUCCCAGUGAGUAUUACCGGCUUGCUUCGCCUGCUGGUGGGUGGAUGGGGCAGGGGUGGGGACGAGCGGAGGGAGAGCAGGGGGAGGAGGAUGGCCAGGAUGGGGAGGAGGGUGAGGAGGGUGAGGAGGAAGGGGAGGAGGAGGAUUGGGGGAGGUACAUGGGUGGUGAUGCGUAUGAAGUGAAUGAGGAUGGGGAGGGAGAGGAGGGAGAAGCAGGAAGGACAGCAGAAAAGGCAGCGAAUGUGGAGGAAGGAGGGGAGAGGCGAACAGGGGAGCAGGGAAAGGUGACUAAUGAAGCUGCGGCAGUGGCACAAGGGAAGGAGGCUGUGACAGCCCCAGUGCAAGCAGCAGCAGGCGAAGCUGCCAGGAAGAAGCCAGCAGCAGCCACGCAAGUGGUCACUACCCAAGGGACCAAGCAAGGAAAGGCAGAUGUGAAAUCCUCGGUGCAAGCAGCAGCAGCAGCAGCAGCAGCAGCAGCAGCAGCAGCAGGAGGAGGAGGAGGAGGAGGAGGAGGAGGAGGAGGAGGAGGAGGAGGAGGAGGAGGAAGUGCGGACGCGAGAGCUAUGGUACAAGUGGGAGCAGGCGAAGCUGCCAAGAAAGAGACAGCAGCAGCAGCAGGAGGAGGAAAGUCGGACGUGAAAGCGAUGGUUCAGGCUGCUCUGGAGGAGUGGCGGAGGAAGGAGGAGGCGGCAAUGCAGCAGCAGGCAGCGUCGGUGCUGGGCAGGGGAUUAUCGAACGUGCGGGGGGUGUAUCAGCUGGGGAAGGAGCUGGGGCGGGGCAACUUCGGGGUGAUCAGGGAGGCGGUUGACUGGGUGUCUGGGGAGCGAUUCGCGUGCAAGAGCGUCAACAAGAAACGACUGGAGCUGGGGAAGAAGCUGGGGCGGGGCAACUUCGGGGUGAUCAGGGAGGCAGUUGAUUGGGUGUCUGGGGAGCGAUUCGCGUGCAAGAGCGUCAACAAGAAACGACUGGAGCUGGGGAAGGAGCUGGGGCGCGGCAACUUUGGGGUGAUUCGCGAGGCUGUGGAUUGGGUCUCUGGGGAGCGGUUUGCUUGCAAGAGUGUCAACAAGAAAGGACUGGAGUGCCUGGACGACUUGGAAGACCUAAGGAGGGAGGUGGAGGUGAUGCGAUUGCUGAAAGACCAUCCCAACAUUGUGUCGCUGGUGGAUACCUAUGAAGAUGACACGGACGUGCACAUAGUGAUGGAGCUGUGCGAGGGCGGAGAGCUCUUUGACCGUAUCGUUGCGCGCAACCACUUCAGCGAGCGACAAGCAGCACAGGUGUGCCGAACUCUCGCCGAUGUGCUGCGCUACUGCCACUCGCACCACAUCCUGCACCGCGACUUAAAGCCCGAGAACGUCCUCCUCGUUUCAACCCGAAGCGACACGCGCGUGAAGGUGAUCGAUUUCGGCAUGGCGUACCGCUUUCAAGACGGCGAGCGCUGCACUCAGCGUGCCGGCACUCCCAACUACAUCUCCCCAGAAGUCAUCGCGAAAAACUAUGGGACCGAGGCGGACGUGUGGAGCUUAGGGGUGAUUCUCUAUGUGAUGCUGUGCGGGCUGCCGCCGUUCUGGGGGGACACAACGGAGGAGAUUUUCUCAAGCAUUUUGUACGAGCCUUUGGAUCUGGAGACCGAGCCUUGGCCGGACGUGUCUGCCGCGGCAAAGGACUUGGUUCGGCGGAUGCUGUGCCGGAGGUUCGACGAGCGGAUAACCGUGCCGGAGAUCCUGAGUGAGUAG